AUGCCUUCGUUCAACAACAGCAACGGCAACAACACCGAUGCCAGCUACUCCCAGUCCCCUUACGCCAUGCAACACGACGAUCGAUCUGGAGUGAACUACCAAUCCCGCCCUGCUCCCUUCUCUACCAUCCCUUCUACCACCACUCCUCCCAACCAGUCCUCUUCACCUCAACUACACUCCAGAAGACGAUCUACCCAUCAGCAACAGCAGCACCAACAGCAACAGCAUCAACAACAGACAUCAUCUUCGCGUCCAAGGCGCCAGUCAAUUGUAGCCAGUGACAAUCAGCUGGGUGGCCCGCUUCCUGUCAACAACGCACAAGUCCAUCGUCAACAGCAGCAAGAGUCAUUCCAGCACUUUCAGCAACAGCAUUUGCAACAGUACCAGCGACAGCAGGAUCAUGUACGUCAGCAGGACCUUCACAGACACCAUAAUCAGCAGCAACAGCCCCAGCGACAACAGCAACAGCAAGCAGUUUAUCAGCACAUCUCCCAAUCGGCGUCUGCAUACCCUUACCCCCCGCCCCCAGUUCCCCAUCAGCAGCACCAACAGCAACAACGACUUCGCCCAAUCGCCCCUGCACCACCAGUCCCUUCUGUAAGCGCUUCUUCCAAUUUCGCAACCCAGCCCUCUCGUCUCCAACAGCAAGUUCAGGCUGCCGCCGCCACUGCUACAGCUACUUCUGGAGGUUCUUCUGCAGCAGUCUCAUCGUCAUCCUCUCAAUCUGGACCAACAACAACAGCAGCAACAGCUCAGGCGAACAGCAACAUCUAUGCCAACAACUUUCCCAACAACAUCUCCCCCUCUUUGCACCCUCAGUUCCGUGCAAAGGCCGUCUGUCGUCUGACAUGCAAGAGUUGUCUCUCAGACGUUUGUAUGCGUGGCAUGAAGGCUAUCCUCCUCGCCGAUUCGCGUAUUGAGCUCUAUUCUACCGAUCGCCCACCCAAAGGCGUUCAAUUGGUCUACGACGAUUACAGGACAAGGAACUGCAAAUGCCGGAUCCGCGAUGUGGCCUGCCUAGGUUGUGGAAAUACCCUGGGCUACCAUGUCACCCAACCCUGCGAGUCCUGCCUCGAGGCCUGCAACAAUGGCCAUUUUUGGAUGUUCCAUUCUGAUGGCGUCUCCUGCACUGAACGUUAUCUCCCCAAGACCUCUUCUACUGUUGCGACUAUUGCUGCUGCCGCUACUGGGGUUUCUUCUUUGUCUACAUCGGGAACGAUUUCUUCGUCUGCGUCGUUAGGAUCAGGGUUUUCAAGGGGCUCGAGACGUCGUGCGGGGUCGAGAAGGCGUCGUCGCCGUGCCAUUGCAGUCCAGGAUCUGUCGUUCAGACGCCGGACUAGUAUUCACGAUAUCGAGUACAACAAUGCCGUCGGUGCUGGACCCUCCUCUUCUUCCUCAGGUCCGACCAAUGGCGACGAAGACUAUUACAACGAUAUGAAUGGUGACGACGAAGACUACAAUGACUUUGACGACGAGAACGCUAACUCUGACGACGAAGGCGCGGAGGAGAUAGAAAUGGAGGAAGAGAAGCCAGUCGUGAUGCUGUGGGCAGCACUGCACGCGCAGGAAGAACGAUACUUGCAACAGAUGCAGCAGCAGCUCAUCAUUCAACAGCAACAACAACAGCAGUGGCAACAACGUCUCCUCCUCCAGCAACAACAGCAGCAACAGCAGCGAGAAUCGGAGGAGCAGGCGGCUUUGUUGAACGCUCAGGAGGAUCAAUGGCCUGUUCACCUCUUAAUACCGGCGAUCUCCUCACCCACGGUCGGAAGUCGGUAUCAUAACAUGAUCAGCAGUGCUAUCAGCAAUGCCAGUAUGAUGCUCUGGGAUGAAGGGCGGUCUACGAACCAGUACGAGCAGCUCUGCCGCUAG